CGAACUCCUAUACAAACACCAGCGUCUGCCUCAAUUGCGACAGCCGCAACACUCAAUUUCCCGCCAUGGACCUCGUCCGCCUCUUUGCACGGGAUGACGGCCAGCCCGGCAGCAAUAGGGACAAGCCAGAUUCAAACUCCGCCUCGGGUCUGGUGUCAACGCUCAUCCCUAAUCUCCUCAUCGCUUUCGUCUUCAUCACCCUAUUCUUCAUCUUCCGCCGCAAGUUUCGUCGCCUCUACGCGCCGAGAACUUACAUUGACAGCUUGGGCGCCGAGCGAAAGACCCCCGCUCCCAGCGCUUCGUUCUUCGGCUGGAUCUCCGACUUCCGUCGCAUUGACGACAGAUACAUUUUAGACCACCAGUCCAUUGAUGGCUAUCUCUUCGUCCGAUAUUUCAAGUUGAUUGUCAUCAUCUGCUUCCUAGGCUGCUGCAUCACAUGGCCGGUUCUGUUCCCUAUCAAUAUCACUGGCGGCGCGGGCAAUCAGCAGUUAGAUAUCCUGUCCCUCAGCAAUGUAAAGGAUGCGAAGCGCUAUUAUGCCCAUGCCUUGAUUUCUUGUGUCUUUCUAGGAAUGGUCAUGGUCAUCAUUGCUCGGGAGUCCUUCUUUACCGUCAACAUCCGCCAGGCCUAUCGCCGCUCUCCAUGGGGCGCCAGCCGUCUCUCGUCUCGGACCAUCCUCUUCACGAGCGUCCCCAAGUCGCUCACACAGGCUGCUCUUUUCGAGAUGUUUCCUGGAGUGGUUCAUGCCUGGGUUGCCUCUAACUGCAAGGAUCUUCAGGAAUUGGUUGAGGACAGGGACAAGACAGCAUUGAAAUUGGAGGCGGCAGAGGUCCAGCUCUGUCGUGAUGCUAACAAUAACCGCCUGAAGGUUGCGAAGGGAAAGAAGGCUUACCAGGCCCAGGAUUCUGAGGAUGGUUCCCGCUGGCUCAAUCCCAAAGACCGCCCAACCCACAGGCUCAAGUUCCUCAUCGGCAAGAAAGUCGACACGAUUGAGUAUGGACGACAGCACCUUGCUGAGCUCAUUCCCAAGAUCACAGCGGAGCAGGACAAGCACUGGAAUGGCCAGGGAGACCUUGUUGGCGCCGUCUUCCUCGAAUUCGACACUCAGAAGUCUGCCCAAGACGCUUGGCAAAUGAUGCAAAAUAGGAAGGCCAAGCCGAACUCCAAUAUGGCAGCUCGCCAGCUCGGUGUACUUCCUCAAGAAGUCGUGUGGAACAAUCUCCGAAUUGGAGUCCCAGAGCAUUGGGUACGAUGGAUCCUUGCAACCGCUUUCAUCACCGUCAUGAUUAUCUUCUGGGCUAUUCCUGUUGCCUUCGUCGGUCUCAUCUCGAAUAUCAACUACCUUGCAAGCAGAUUUUCCUGGCUUGAGUGGAUCCUGAAAAUUCCGAAGGUUAUUCUGGGUGUGGUGACUGGGCUUCUUCCCGUUGUCAUGCUGGCUGUGCUCAUGUCUUUGGUUCCAAUAUUCUGUCGAGUCAUGGCUAAAGUUGCUGGCUGGGUUACCCUCUCCCAAGUCGAACUACAAACGCAGUCGUGGUACUUUGCGUUCCAAGUUGUCCAAGUCUUCCUCAUCACAACCUUUUCGUCUGCUGCAACAACCGUUGUCAAUCAAGUCAUCGCCAACCCUGGCUCUGCUCUCACUCUGCUCUCCGAGAACCUUCCCAAGGCGUCCAACGUCUAUAUCAAUUACUUCAUUCUUUUUGGUCUAGCAUCCUUCGCCGGUACACUCCUCAACAUCGGUGGCUUCGUUACUGUCGUUCUCCUCGGCCGCAUCCUCCCCGGCGGUACACCACGCAAGAUCUUCCAGAAACUCGUCAACCUGUCUGCUCCAAUGUGGGGCUCCGAGUUCCCUAAAUGGGUCAACCUAGGCGUCAUCGCUCUCAGCUACUCCUGCAUCGCUCCUCUCAUCCUGGGCUUCGCUGUAAUAGGCAUGGCCCUUGUCUACGUUGCCUUCCGCUACAACUUCCUCUACACGUACGAAACAGUCAUCGACACCAGAGGCGCUGCAUACCAACGCGCUCUCCAGCAACUCAUGACAGGUGUCUAUCUCUCCGAAAUCUGCCUCAUCGGCCUCUUUGCCAUCAAAACCGGCGACGACCGCGGAGCUGUUGGUGCGCUUGUCAUUGAAGCCGUCCUCCUCGGCUUCACAGUCGUAUUCCACCUCUGCGUCCGCCGCGCCCUUCGUAGCCACGAAACGCGAAUCGCAUACUCUGACCCCAUACCCACCCCGCAUGCUGAUCUCGAAAACGGGCACGGCACGGAAAACCUUGAUGGUGCAGGCAUGCCGGCGGAAAAAUCCUCUGCAACAGCAGCAACUAACACAGCCACACCCGUGGCUCCCCCCAAACCAACACGCAUCCCAGCCUUCAUCACCAACAUUCUCAACCCAGAAAAGAACUCUGUCUCUAACCUCUCUGCUUCCCUUGACGCCUUUUACCGCACUCCCCAACAUCCGCUGCCCGUCGAAAUCGCGAAGCGCGCAUAUUUCAACCCCGCAGUUACGUCCCCAACGCCGGUGCUCUGGAUUGUUAAGGAUGAGAUGGGGAUUUCGGAGCGUGAGGUCAGGAAUUCGAAGAAAGCGGUACCGGGACUAGUGAUUACCGAUGAGCAGGCAACGUUUAAUGAGAAGAAUAAGGUGGAUUGGAAGGGGGUUGAAGAGGGGAAAGCGAUGGAGGCGCCAAUUUGGGAGGAGAAGGUUGUUUAUUGAUGAAGGCGGUGAUUUGAGGUGGAGAUAAUGUGGGGGGUGGUGUGGGGGGUAUGAAAUGUGGUGUUGAUGGUGUGUGGAGAGUAGAAAAUGGGCUUCUGAUUGUUCUGUACGUGGUGUGGUUGGGUACGUGGAGGUAGGGAGUUUGAUACCAUGGCUGACUUCAAUGGGCCAACGGCUGUUCAAAAUCUUCAUUUUCCUUUUUUGGUGGAUUGUGGGCUGUGAAUGCGCUUCAUAGGUGGCAGUGGUGGAUGAUGAAGCCUGCUGUAUCCAGGCAGGCGAUUGGGUAGUUAGUUUCGGUUCUUCCUGAG